GGAGCCACCCGGGCUUUGCAAGAUUGGGAGGAGACGCCGAGGGCAGGCUGGUGCUUCGGCAGUCCUGGGGAAGGCAGGGCAGGUGCGCGUCUGGAAGGGCUGCCCGCCCCGGGCCAAGGCCACUGCGAGCAGGGCGGCUCUCUCGGGCCAGCGGGGAUGCUGGGGGCGGACAGGGGGCCUGUUCGGAGAUUCCCCGGCGCGGCGGAGCUGCAGCCCGAGCCGAGGAGGCGGGGAGCCGAGCCAGCGAGCACGCCUCCCUCUCCGGCCGCACCAAGCUGGCGGCGUCCGGCGGCUGCAGCAUGCUAGGCAGGGUGCGCUCGGCCAUGGCGCAACUGGUCGGGGGCCUGGCGGGAGGAGGAGGAGGAGGAAGCAGCCCCCCGAGCGCCCAGCCCGCCGGGGCCUCUUCGCCGCCGCCUCCACCGCCUGCAGCAGCUGCGGCGCCGGCUCCGCCCGCUCCCUCCGGGCCCGGCUCCGCCAACUCCAGCAGCGGCUCCUGCCGGGAGCCGCCCCGCGACGGCUUCUCCAGACCGGCUUUCCUGCAGCUCACCGCGGAGGAGCUGCAACUGGCCGACGAUCACACCGGCAGGGCCGUCCAGAGCCCACGUGAGAACCGCCGCCGCCUGCCCUGGAGGACCGGCUACGCCGAGGUGAUAAAUGCAGGCAAGAGCCAGCACAAUGAGGAUCAAGCCUGCUGUGAGGCAGUAUUUGUGGAAAAGCGAGGCAAUCAGAGGAAUAAUCCAGCCUUCAAGGAAACAUCUGGAGACCCAGAGGGGCAGGGCAACAAAGGCCUGUACUUUUAUUACUGGGGCUUGUUCGAUGGGCAUGCCGGAAGCGGAGCUGCAGUGAUGGCAUCUAAGCUGCUACACUUCCACAUCCGUGAUCAGCUCAGGGAAAUAGUACACAUCCUCCAGGACCCCUCCCCUCCACCAAUCUGCCUGCAAGAUGCCUCCAGGACUGUUUCAGGAGAACCAAACAGAGCUCCCUUGGCAGAGGAAGAUAUUGAGGUUCCCAACAAUGCCUUGCCACGUUUCCAUAUGGAGAAGGCAGUUUCCCAUGAGAGUUUGGUAGUGGGAGCCAUUGAGAAUGCAUUCAAAGAGAUGGACAAUCAGAUCGAAAAAGAGCGGGUGACCCACCAUGUAUCUGGAGGCUGCUGUGCUCUGGCUGUGGUUUACCUCCUGGGAAAGUUCUAUGUGGCCAAUGCAGGCGAUAGUAGGGCCAUUGUCAUCCGUAAUGGGGAAAUCAUUCCAAUGUCCAGGGAGUUUACUCCAGAGACAGAGAGGCAAAGGCUGCAGUUUUUAGGCUUUUUGAGACCCGAGUUGCUGGGGAAUGAGUUUACUCAUCUUGAGUUUCCUCGAAGAAUCCAGCAUAAGGAACUGGGAAAGAAGAUGCUAUACAGGGACCAAACCAUGAAUGGCUGGGCAUAUAAAAGGAUAGAAGAAGAUGACAUGAAAUUUCCACUUGUAUAUGGAGAGGGUAAAAAGGCACGAAUGAUGGCAACCAUUGGAGUGACUCGCGGCCUGGGAGAUCAUGAUCUCAAAGUGUACAGCUCCAACAUCUACAUCAAACCUUUCUUAUCCUGCAUCCCAGAGGUCCGCAUCUAUGACCUCACUCAGUACGAGCACUGUCCUGAUGAUGUGCUUGUCAUGGGCACUGAUGGCCUCUGGGAUGUCACCAGUAAUCAAGAAGUGGCCAAUAUGGCGUUGGAUGUUCUCAUGCGCUAUGAGCCCAAUGACCCUUGCAGAUACACUAUGGUAGCCCAGGAGUUGGUGAUGAGGUCCAGAGGGGUUCUAAAAGACCGUGGCUGGAGGCUGGCCAAUGACAAACUAGGCUCUGGUGAUGACAUCUCAGUCUUUGUUAUUCCUCUUGGUGGCCCAGGAAACUACACCUGAAGAGGUCCCAGGGCACCUGAUCCAUGCUGCUAAACUGUAGAGACCACUUACUGCAAGCUUGAGAUUGCGGGCCUCCUGCAACAGAAACAUUCAAUCUUCAGAAGAGGAUGAAAACUAUAGGACUCCAACUUGAGCCCAGCUUGCUAUACCCCAGCUGAGUACACAAAACAUAGGCUUGGGCCACACAGCUGUUCACAGCAAGGAGGUCAAGGCACAGCUGUUCCUCUCAGGAAUAUCCCUAUUGGACCUUGAGACCCAUGUUUCAAGGGCUACAUUCAUUCAUCAUCAUCCUAGGGAAGGGGGCACAGGAUGGGGCUGUCUUUUUUUGUUGUUGUUACAGUUGCAUGGAAGUGUUCUCCAAAUUGGUUAUUAGCACUGGAGUCUCCCUGAUUUGCUGCAGUAUUUAGCUCUAUCUUUACAGAGGAGCUGUUCAACCUUCCUUUGCAGAGUUCCAUGGACACUUUGACAUACAAGGACAGUUGUCUGAAUUUCCUGCCCCUGUCCUUGUUGCUAACUGCAGAAGCAGAAUCAAGUAAAUGCUGCUUUUUGGUUCAUUCCUCAGAUUUGCUACAAGAAGGCCUUGCACAGUUGUCAGUCCAAGUAGUCACGGCUUAUUAAUUCAAAUGGCUGUCUUGUAGCCAAAUUUGCUUAUUCUUACAAAUGAGUUUUCAAAGGGCAAAAGAAUGGUACAAAAUAUUCCUACUAUAGAAAACUACAUUUGCAAAUGUCUUCUCAUUUGCUGCAUAAUGGUAAAUUUAUGAGAACAAGCAAAUGCUAUCUAUCAUAGACUCGCCACCCUAUAAUGAAAAUAUUCCAUUGGUUUGUUUAAAAGCAGGAUAUUCAUUGCAAGAUACUACUGGAAGGUUAGGGUAUGCUACCCAUAAAAAUAGUAGCUGGCUAUGCAUAGGAAUGGCAGAUAUUCUGCAAUUUGAUAUCAGGGUAGGUUGCCAGCCACCAGGAGAAAUAGGGAGCGGGGAUAAGCUCUCUGGUAUUGCACCAGUGGUAGGAUUUAAAUAAUUUAACAACCGGUUCCAAAAGGACUCAGCGACGAGAUUACAGCCAGUUAUCUGAACUAGACAAAAAAAUUAGCUACCGGUUCUACCGAAUAGGUGCGAAUAGGCUGAAUCCCACCAUUGUAUUGCACCAAUGUGUGAUCCAGCACAAAACUGGAAGUGUUGUCAUCAUGGUAUUCUAGGAUUUCCCAAAUAGAGUUUUGAGUGAAUCCCAGAAUGGCACCCUGACAUGAAGACACUUCUGGUUUUGCACCAGAAAUGACAGUGAGCCUCCCCCUCCCACACACACACACACAUUUUCCUCCUGCUGGGAUGUAAAGCAGCAAUGGGGAAUUUGGGGGAGUGGUGCAAUACUGGGUCAUUUUCCAUUUCAUCAGGAGACCUGGACCCCUUAGGGAGAGCUGAUCCCACUGCUGGAUUCUUA